AUGCCGUCGCUGACAUCAAUCAACGUGUGGCACGGCGUCAUGUUCGUCAAGCGUGGGUACUGGAAGGACGGUGUGAUAAGGUUCCGCGUUGACAUUCCGCGCGAGUACCCGAACCAGCAUCCGGUGAUCAGCCUGACCACGCCCGUGUUCCAUCCGCUGGUGAGGCGCGAGGAUGGCCGGUUUGCGCUGGAGCAGCAGUUUCCAAAGUGGACACCGUACAGCGACUACAUUUUCCACGCGCUGUACUACUUUAAGAAUGCGUUCAAGAACCGGGUGCUGCAGCAGCUUGGCCCACGCGACUGCUACAACAUCGAUGCCUACAUGAAGUUCAAGGGCGAUCUGCCGAGGUUCCGCGAGUUUGCACGGAUAGAUGCCAUGAACUCGCACAAGCCAGAGAACCUGUACCAGAUGCCGCAGAAGGACUGCCCGAUCGUGUUCUCGCCAAUGUCGGACGAGGCGUACCAGCGGGCCAAGACUGGAAUCAACUCGUUCGCUGCUGUAUCGUCAAAGGAAUGA